AUGGCACAGAAUGUGGGCCCUCUCUCUCUCUCGCUUUCUGUCUCUCUCUCUCUCGCUUUCUGUCUCUCUCGCCCUCCCUCUAUCUCUCGCUGUCUAUCUCUCUCUCUCGCCCUCCCUCUAUCUCUCGCUGUCUAUCUCUCUCUCUCUCGCCCUCCCUCUAUCUCUCGCUGUCUAUCUCUCUCUCUCGCCCUCCCUCUAUCUCUCUCUCUCGCCCUCCCUCUAUCUCUCUCUCUCUCCUCUCCCUCUAUCUCUCUCUCUCGCCUCCCUCUCUCUCUCGCCCUCCCUCUAUCUCUCGCCCUCCCUCUAUCUCUCUCUCUUUCGCCUCCCUCUCUCUCCCCCCCUAUCUCUCCUGUCUAUCUCUCUCUCGCCCUCCCUCUCUCUCUCGCUGUCUAUCUCUCUCUCUCGCCCUCUAUCUCUCGCUGUCUAUCUCUCUCUCUCGCCCUCCCUCUAUCUCUCACCCUCCCUCUAUCUCUCGCUGUCCAUCUCUCUCGCCGUCCCUCUAUCUCUCGCCGUCUAUCUCUCUCGCCCUCCCUCUAUCUCUCGCUGUCUAUCUCUUCCUUUUUUUUUUCUUUAUCUCCAUUUAUGACCGUGCUAUGUUGUUGUCAACAAAUAACACACUUCUGUUUUGGUAAACGCAAUCAGGCUCUGUGCCCUCAUUGUUUAGAAUCUUUUACCCUCUCUCUUCCUCCACCUCUUGCCCUUUCUAUUUCUUACCCUUCCCCAUUCAGACUUCAACAUUGUCCUUGCCCUUUCCUCUCUCUAUUUCCACCUCCCUUUCCUCUCUCUAUUUCCACCUCCCUUUCCUCUCUCUAUUUCCACCUCCCUUUCCUCUCUCUAUUUCCACCUCCCUUUCCUCUCUCUAUUUCCAUCUCCCUUUCCUCUCUCUAUUUUCACCUCCCUUUCCCCUCUCUAUUUCCACCUCCCUUUCCCCUCUCUAUUUCCACCUCCCUUUCCUCUCUCUAUUUCCACCUCCCUUUCCUCCACUUGAAUAAACAGGUCUAUUAG